AUGAUUUCCCCGAGAUUGGUACUGGUUUGUGUUCUUUUGGCUGUUGUUGCUGAAACACUAGCAGUAACUCGACCAAAUGACGUGUUCGUUGGUACUCGAAUUCCUGGCGACCGAAUUAUUCAACGAGAGAGAAUCGCCAAAGACGCCAGUAAAAUUGGAAGAAAAACGAUAGUUACUAAAACUUUUUCCGGUGACGGCUAUUCUAACAUCACUUACAUUCGAGCUUUGGACCAACAUACAAAUGGGCAUGGUGCAACAGCCUCGAUUAUCUCUGGUGGUACAGGAUUUAAAUUCGUCACCAUGAAAUUCAAAAGUGAAAGAUUCCGAGGAAUCGAUUUCGUUGUUGAAAUUUAUGGAAAAUAA